AUGUUGGACCCGGCUCUAGGCAAUGAAGUCCAAGCUGAAGCCCGCUCAGGUCAUUCAACCCCCGUCAAGUCUCUGAGAACUCACAAUGAGCUGCACAAGGAACUGCUACUGACCCACAAGAAGGGUCUGGCACUGAGCAGCAGAUCAGAACUUCAGCAGGUGCUGGAGAGGAGGAAGAGGGUGCAGAGUGACCAGGUGGACGAGGGACAGAGCAGGACUCCUCUGGAGGACGUGCUGCUGAGACGUCAGCAGAAACAACUGGAGAAGGAGAAGAAACACGGAGAAAAAGAACAAGAGGAAGCUCAACUGAUGGAGUUUGUCAGAGUGAGACAGAACCUCAGAAAGAUCCACUCGGUGAUCCAGAACAAGGCCGGGAACUUCUAGAAUGCUACAGAGGAAUGCAGUGCACCUUAAAUGCAUCAUGAACUCUGGUUGAAUUUGACAUCCUCUGGUUCUACCCUGCAAAAGUAACAAUGUAUGAUUAAUGACUGUAUAAUGCAUGAUUUGUAAAACAUGAAGAUACACAAUCGGCAUGCUGAUGGAGACAGUUUGCUUUUAUAUCUGUUCAAAGAAGCUGCAGCUCUGGGCGUCACAACAUUCACUUUGUUUACACCGCCAUGUUGGCAGGAAAAGGUUCUUUCAAGAUGUCAGAGUUCACUGUGCUCUUUACGGCUCUGGAGGGGAUUUUCAUGGAAACUUAAAAUACUCCAGAGAAUGGUUAAAUAAAAUAAUAAAAUAAUAAAAGCAUGUAAAAUAAAUGAGACAUUAAAGCUAGUAAGUGUUGGAUUUGAGCACGUUUUAUGGCAGUGAUCCACCUCUGCUCUCUCUCGGGAUCUUUGUGGAUCCAGUACCUUUGCUUUUCCCUCACUGUUUUGGUAUCACACGUCACAAAAGCUAUCGACAAUCUUCAAUCUUCACAGCGCACAGAGAGACAUGUUGCCUGAUAUAGAACGGGCGGUUUCCUGCCAAAAUGGUGUUGUGUUGGCGGGAUGUAGAUAGCGUGACAUCAGCGACCGGCGCUCAACAGCAGGUUGUGGAAACCAACAUGGUCUUGGACUUGUAAUUAUUAUCAAGCUUUUAUUGUGUUUUCUAUUAAAAUGCUACA